CAGGAGAUCACGGCAGCGUUGUCAAUCGAGGCAGAGGCAAAGAAGAUCACUGGUAAUUUCCUGCGGUCGUUGAAAAGCCUCGGAAACAGGAGGCGGCUUAUUAUCAUGACCUGGGCCGCCAUCUGUAGCCAAAUGUCCGGAAAUGCCUUCGUCUCGUACUACUUAUCGCCCAUCCUCACUUCCGUUGGAUUGAAGAACGACCUGCAACAGACGCUGAUCAAUGCAACCAGUCAGAUGCUUUCUUGGUUUUCAGCUCUAUACUUCGCUACUCUUCCUGCCAAAGUCGGUCGCCGUACGCUGUUCCUCGCGUCCCUGGCCUGCAUGUGGAUCAUCGUCAUCUGUAUUACCGCCGGGAGCGCCACGGUCGCCAAACAUAACAGCAACAAGGCUGCUGGCUACUCUGUUGUUGUUUUCCUGUACCUGUUUUCGCCCGCCUACAAUCUUGGUUUCAACGGGAACCUAGGCCUCUACAUCCCGGAGAUUUUGCCGUUCGGCUUGCGCACCCGCGGCCUGGCCUUUUUCUACUUCGUACAGUUAUGCUUCAUGAUUCUGUCCACUUUCGCUGUGCCGGUAGGGCUGGAGAAUAUCUCGUGGCACCUUUACAUUAUCUUUGUUGUCUGGGUCAUGGUCGAAUUUGUGGGUGUGUGGUUCUUGUUCCCCGAAACCAAGGGACCGUCUCUGGAGGAGAUUGCUUUAAUUUUUGAU